UCUGUGUAAAAUUAAAUUAUUCCUGGAUAAAUAAACGAUUCAUAAAAUAACUAAAAACUGUAAUAUGGUUAAGUGUAGCUUGUUAAAUUAUUGUUACACACUAAACAUACAGGUAUUUUUUAGGUUGCUAGAGGUAAUAGUCUCUUUCUGAUUUUCAUUUCAGAAAAUGUACGCAUACCCCGUUUUUCGCCGACAAUUGGCAACAUCAUCACGACUCCUCAUGGCGCCAUCGCCAGAGGCGAAUCGCCUUGAAAAUGUUGAGUCUGGAAGGGCUAAACCGAAGGAGCAGGUGCUGGCAGAGGCCAGUUCUUUUGUCAGCUCAAAUGGUGGAGACCCCAGUGACCAGUUUUUAGUACUGGCUCACUGCAAACUUCAGUUUGGGAAGUACCAGGGUCAGAGAUUCAGAUGGCUCCUGGAAAACUCGCUGGGGUACGCAGUUUAUUUGGUACUCAGCAUUUCCAAUGAGACGGCGAACACAACCCCCCUGUCACAAAAUAAACAACUGUUCCUACAGUACACCUCUCAUAUUAGAGAGAUGGCAGAAGAAGUGGAGAAGUACGAGAGGAAGCAAGAAAUGCAAGCUGAAGCCCGGGCAGUUGGAGACCAGGGCUGCUUGAUGGUGGAGUUUGGUGACUUCCAGGGCCGGUCCAUGAAGGAUGUUUAUGAGGACCAGAGCAAGGAGGCCAAAGCCCUCAUCAGAUACCUGGUUAAGGCAGAUGCCAGGCCCAACACAAACAUGGCCAUUUUCAAAAGCUAUGUAGUGAAAAGACAGGCUUCUGCUGUGGGCAGCAGUGUACGUCAGCCUACACCUCCAUCUGCAACAUCCAGUGCUUCUGCACAACCACCCGCAGCCUCCACUGCGUCUGCAUCUCCGCUAAAAGCACUCCAAACUGGUGUAUCGCAGACUGCCAGUGUGAAAGCGCUGUUGGCACGUGGGAAACAUUUGUCUCCUUCACAGCUCGCCAGAAAACUCCUUUCACCAGUUAAAUCCUAUCCAUUACUGAAGGUCCCUUUACCUCCUCCAGCACCAGAACUCCCUGCCAAACAUUUGGCCCAAAGGCAGCUUUUCGUAACUGACACUUCCGUUCCCGCUGCUGAAGAUGAUGCGGAGCUGAUGUUUGCUGCAUCACAAUGUGAAGCACAACUAACUACAGAGGCCUGUGCCGGUCCGUCUCCAUCAGCCGAAACAGCAAGAACACCAGAUCUUCCACAUCAUCAGCCAUCGGCUGAGCUUCCAAGCCACUGGAAAGAUCAUCUUCCACCUUUCCAGCAUGAGUGGAUCCGGAACACACUAUUCGUGGCCAACCUGCGAACCGGCAAGCCAGAACUAGUGUGCCAGCUGAAGCUUUGGUGGCAUCCUCCUCAGCCCCCUUUAAUUCACACUCAGCCACCCGCCUCACCUGACCUCUUCUUCUACUGUGGUAAGCACAGACUGACAGCGGCAGGACUCUACCGUACUGUGCGCAAGGUCUUAGACAGGUGGUAUGACCUUGCCACUGAGUAUCUGGAGUGCAAAGGCUGCAAAAAGAAGUAUCCCGCCUGGUCUGAGGACAUCUUAGGACUGCUGGAUAUGGGCCACCGCAGUCAGUUUCCAGCUUUGCUGACAUACAGAUACUCAUGUGACAACAGGGUGCUGAGGAUGAUGAGGGAGAGGACACUGGGCAACAGUGUGACUCAGCUUUACAAGAAGCUGAUGGAACAACACAGUGAGGCAUGGACACAGCGUGUCCUGCAGUACCUUACUGCCUGUGAACCAUUCACAACGUCCUCCCUUGUGCAGCCUCCUGUGUUUGCUGAGCCUCCUCUCUUCCCUGCCCUACCUAAACCUAAGUGGCUGUUAGCUGUGUACGCCAGGGAUGUUCUGGGGCGAAUGCACGAGGUCACAAAGAAACUUGCCGGUGCUGCUUCAGGAACAGCUGCCUGGUGCACAAAUGUUGGGAAUGAGCAUGGUCAAGUCCUUGUAUCUGUUCUGACAGCCGCCGAGGGACAUGGACUGGACUCCAUGGCAGCUGGCCUCAUGAAACGCUACCGGGAGGCAGGAGAGGCUGCCCCAAAAGUGAUGUACGUGGACAGAGAUUGCUGCAGUCAGCACGGCCAGUCUUGGGUGAAGGUCAUGUUUUCAGAGUGGGAUGAGCUUGAAGUGCGCCUCGACAUCUGGCAUUUCAUGCGGCGAUUUGCUGCAGGUGUCACUACAGAGGCUCAUCCGCUUUACGGCAUCUUCAUGGCACGUCUAUCCACGUGCAUCUUUCAGUGGGAUCCAGAGGAUGUGGCUGCUCUUCAGCGUGCAAAGGAGAGAGUUGGCACUGCACUGCCGGAGGAGGACCAGGGGUGUGGAGGAGACCACCAGAUUGAUUGGAGCACUGAUCGAUCUGUUUGA